AUGGCGCAUCAACUUGGGGAGCCCGAGUUCAUCUCUGCACAAGGCGUGCAACUAUACAGUCCAUCAUGGUGUUACAACCCCACAGGCACUUGGUCUAUGAUGAGCAAGCGAGGAAACACCCUCUACAUAUCGGGUUUACGCGGGAUUUGUCCUGAGACGUCCGAGUUGGUACCGAUAGUCCCCACAGAAAUGCAUGGAGUUGCAUCCAGGGAGUCACCCGCAUACCCUCGUGUAUUGAAGAUAUUCCAGAACAUGCAGAUGAUAGUUGAAGCCGCCGGAUCAUCGCUGGGCGACUGUCUCCGCCUUGUAGUAUACACCACGGACAUGAACCAAUAUCGACCUUUGGUGAACGAGGCUCAGUCGGAGAUAUGGGGUGAUGUCCCAUUCCCACCUCGUUCAAUUGUGGAAGUUUCGAGGCUGAAUCAAGAUGACAUUGUCGAGGUGGAGAGUACUUUUGCAGUCCCUGUUUAG